CGUGGCGGGCAGGAAUUACGAGUGCACUGCAGAAAACGGAAGCGUUGGGCAAGUCGUAGGCUGAGAGGGAAUGAGGUCAAGUAGUUCCUCACGUUGUUUGUAUAUUUAUUAGCGAGAUAUUUUUUAAACCAUAAAACACAGCGGUCGACGGCUCUCCUAACUUCUUCGGGAGCCAAAGUUAGGACUUCCUACCGCUACGUAGUUAGCUAAUCCCGGCGUUCCCCGAUGCUGCUCUGAGAAGAAGAAGCUUUCAGCGUUUGACUCGAGAACUUCACUCUCUGUGUGUCGCUGCAGUUAUAUAAUAUAUGAUCUGAAGGACCGUAAAGGCACAGCGCUCAUGGCUGCAGGGGACAUGGACCCGGACUUGGCGAGGAGGCUCUUCGAAGAAGGCGCUACCCUGGUUCUCUUGGGGGUUCCGGAGGGCACCGAGCUGGGAAUCGACUACAAGAGCUGGCAGGUAGGCCCCCGCUUCCGCGGGUUGAAGAUGAUCCCGCCCGGGCUGCACUUCCUACACUACAGCUCCAGGGACCGGCUGCUUGGGGGCGGCGGGGAGACGGGUCCACGGACGGGCCUCUUCGUCUCCCUGCAGCCCCGCGAGCUGCUGCUGGCGCACUGGGACGACAAGGAGGAGGACCUGGACUUCUCGGCCUCCCGCGACGAGGAGCAGCUGGGCCGCGUGAGGGCGGGCCUGCGGGACCUCGACCCUUUCCUGGGCCCCUACCCGUACGACGUCAUGCGCAAGUGGGUGUCGCUGACCGACCGGCUCACGAUGGAGGUGGCCGGCGCCCUGCAGCCGCUCAACGGCCGGGUCUGCUCCUUCAGCGAAGUGGAACCCGAGCUGCAGCUGCCGCACACCAAGGACCGCGUGGAGCACAAGCUGCCUCGCAACGACACAGAGUGCCAGAGCAUGCGGGAGGGCCUGGAGCGCCUGCCCCGUAUGAAGCAGCGGGCCGGCACGGAGCUUCGCUUCUCCCAUAUCCCUAAGCAGACGUACCCGCCCGGGGCCACCCCGGAGCAGAUCACGCAGUGCAGCAUGGACUUCAGCUACGCCCUGGAGCGCCUGCUGGAGAGCCGCUACCCGCAGGAGGCGCUGCACGUGCUGGGUGAGCUGCAGUUUGCCUUUGUGUGUUUCCUCAUUGGUAAUGCGUAUGAGGGCUUUGAGCACUGGAAGAAGCUUCUGGUACUGCUGUGUCGCUCGGAGGCAGCCAUGCACACACGCCGCGACCUCUACCUGGGCCUCAUCGCUGUGCUCUACCACCAGCUCGGGGAGAUCCCGCCUGACUUCUUUGUUGACAUUGUUUCCCAGAAUAACUUCCUGACCUCCACGCUGCAGGACUUUUUCCAGUUUGCCACUGGCCCCGGAGUGGAUGCCACACUCCGAAAACGGGCAGAGAAGUUCAAAGCCCACCUGACCAAGAAGUUCCGCUGGGACUUUGAGAUGGAGCUUGACGACUGCGCCCCGGUCAUUGUGGAGCUCCCUGAGGGCUUUGUCCUGGACUGAGUGUGAGAGGUGGUCCUGUUACUGGCAUUAGUGGUGACAUGGACUGGGAAGGUAAUGACCAUGUAGGGUGCGUUAAGAGUUUCAAAGAGGAUCUUCUCACCUGAAGACGGAAGGGAUUGAAGUCAGUUUGGCUGUGUGCACUUGGUAUGGUUGAACAAACACUUUCUGUAGUUUUGUUAACAGAUGUUUCACAAGCCAAGUUCUCUGUGAAAGGAAGUGUCCGCUAGCAAAAUCAGAGGCACCAGUGCUGUUGAAAUGUCACUUCUGUUGCAGCAAUUGUAUUGUUGCUGUCAGAAGUCUGGCUUUUUUUAUUUUUUUAUUU